AUGAUGGGAGACGACGAGCAGGGCGAACCUUCUUCAGUGAAUGGGCCGUUCGUGUCUAGGCGGGCGGAGCUGUGGGACCCUGUGAUGCCGGCUAGGCGCGCGGUUCCAGCUGAUGCCGGUGCGGCGGUGCCCAGUGCCGCAGCGUGUUUUGAUUCAACGGAGGCGGCGCCAGUUCUGCUUGGUGUGUGCUCCGAAACAACUGUCACACAGGAGCAGUCGGCGCCGCCUGUGUUGAGUCCAGUGAACGGUGGACAGCCGGGCGCUGGGGCUAUGAUUUCUGGUGCCGCAGCCGGCGGUAUGCAUCGCAGUGGUGAAGCUGCCAGUGCUCCGGCUGGCAUAGUGACUGCGCCUAGCGCUCAGAGCCCCAGCACGGAAGACAACGAUGACUGUUUCGAGGAGCGCUCUCCUGAUGGCCGAUUCCUCAGGUUUCCCGAAGUUCUCGGAACCGGUGCCUAUAAAACCGUGUACAAGGGUUUCGAUACAGAUAACGGGAUAGAGGUGGCCUGGAAUAAGUUGAAUAUUCAGAGACUGACGAAUCAGGACACAGAGCGAGUGAUGAAUGAAGUGAAUAUCCUGCGCUCUAUUCAGCAUCCGAAUAUUAUCAAUUUGUUUGCAGGUUGGGAGGUUCGCGACGAGCGCGGCCGGGUCCGAGGAGCGCAUUUUAUCACGGAACUAAUGACGAGUGGGACCUUGAAACAGUAUAUUGCGAAGGUGAAAAUGAUCAAGGUCAAGGUUAUUCGCAAGUGGUGCCGCAACGUCCUCGAAGCGAUCCAUUAUCUCCACUCGUGUACGCCACCGAUUAUGCACCGUGACCUCAAAUGCGACAAUAUUUUCAUCAACGGAAACAUUGGCGAGGUGAAGAUCGGGGAUCUUGGUUUGAGUUCGGUGAAGGAUCGCGCGAGCAAAUGCGGGUACACGGUCAUUGGGACACCCGAAUUUAUGGCGCCCGAACUGUACGAUGAGAAUUACAGUGAAAAAAUUGACAUCUAUGCCUUUGGCAUGUGCAUGCUCGAAAUGGUCAGCACAGAGUAUCCGUACGCAGAAUGCGAAAAUGCGGGCCAGAUCUUCAAGAAGGUUCUCAACGGGGUGCUUCCGGAAGCGCUCAGCCGGAUGGUCGAGUGCGAUCUGAAGCGCGUCAUCCUCCAGUGUUUGGCGUCCGAGUCGCAGCGCCCGACAGCAUUGCAGCUGCUCAAUCACCCGCUCUUCGCCGACUGGGAAAGCGACGAUGGUUCACUCUCGAACGUAGACUUGAUGGUCUCGCCAAACAGCGGGCGCUCGCGCUCGUCGCUGGAAGUUCCGCGGUCGAUGACGCAAUUUCCCGACGGUGACACGAACGCUGCCAAGCAGUCGUUGACAUCGAACCUGUCACCCUCGCCAUCAUCGACCACAGUGUCGCGACUGUCUAUGGAGCAUGCACCGUCGCGAGCCCGGGCACGCAACGGCGACCAAACGACACCUGAUGCCGAGGCGCAUAGCAUCGUGGAACACCCAGCUACUGGGAAAGCAACAUCGGCUGGCAAUAUUACGGUGAACUACAUCAUCGCUGGUCGUGCGUCGCACAAUGCAUCGCCGACGAUUUCGGCUUUACACGACCAGUCCCCGAAUGCGAAGGACUCGAGUGCGGUCGCGGGAGAAGAACGCACGAAGGACGCUAUCUGCGGUCUCCUUGGUGUCCAGCAAGCAGACGCGGCCGCGGGUGCGUUACAUCAAGGCCCGGGACGCAGACGCAUCUUUGAGGGCGUGGAUAUCGACGAGGCGGCCGCAGCACCGCCAACGCGUCCCAUUGUGCGUGUUAUCGGCCGAGCGGAUGAGUCCUUCCGAAGUAUCCUUCCGGCGGAAUCGGGUAGUAUCAGCGGGACAGACACCAGCGCUGUACCGGAUUCGCAACACGCCCUGAGCGUAGAUGUCACCUCGGUCGACGCUACGAAUCGUUCCGGCGUCAAUGACAGGAAACUUGUAUACUCGGGGAUUUUGGUGCUUUCAGUGCGAAUUCCAGUGUCUGGCGCGGUGAAGCGCAUCACCUUCGCCAUGGACCCGUAUCGGGAGUCAGCGGAGCAGGUCGCUCGCGAGAUGGUCGAAGAACUGAACCUCGACGAAGCCCAAGCUGAGAACAUUGCACAGGCGAUUGAUCGACAACUCGAUCUUCAUCUGCAACCGACAGCGACCGCCGGAUUACCGCGAACCAAGCCACUGCCCGUCGAGACGGUCUCCAGCAUACCCACGAUUCGAGUCGUUACCACCCCGCUGGAGCGUCUUCAAGAGCCGCCCGAGUCGGAGGCGAGCCCCAAUCUCGUCAGUGUACCUGGAGCGCCGGCGCCAACGGCUCUUCGUUCGUCUGCGUCUCCGCCUGUUGAGAGAACACCCGCACAGACGAUUUCGGGAUUAUCGACGAUCACAGAGAUUUCGAACAGCGACACUAGAGCGGUGCAUACGGCACCGAAGCCCAGUGAGCGAGCGGGCAACGACAGGCGCGAAGCCGCACAGGGCUUGCCUCCUGGUGCGCCUCUGGGCACCCCAGAUUGUGUUGCCCAAGUGCUACGCAGCAGCGUUGCGCCAACUGCACCACCCCUGCGACCGGCAAGCAGUGUACCCAAUGCCGCUGGCGUGCCUGUUGUCGUUGUUAUGGAAACGCCACCGUCGGAUGCGCGGGAAAAUCUCAGCACGGAUCAGACGCGAUGCGUGCACGCCUCUGAAGUAGACACGUGUCAUGCGGCAUCGUUUUUGGAGGGCGCCUCUGUGCUCUAUCGCCCGGCUCAAUCCGCAGGCGCCAUUCUCGAUGAAGGUGCUUGUUUGCAGACGCCAGUGUAUGAAAGUUCGGCGCUGCAACCGGCGACGAGCAGCGACUCGGCGAUAACGAAUGAUAUGCCUGCUGCAGGUCCGUCGCGGAGGGCAACCUCGGAACCGGCGAGCGAGGUUCCGCUCAGCGGCUUGCAUGUUGUAACCGUAGAUGAGUCGUUCAUGAAAUCGUUCGUUGGGAAAUCUUCACGAACCGACGAGUGUGCUCCAGAGCUGACCAGAGACGCGUCAUGGACACACGCACACGAUGAUCCUCGGUUGACCGGGAGCGAGCGAAUCACUCGUGCAGAUUCCUUUUCCUACGACUACGACAAGGUGGUGGAUGCGAAAUCCACACGUUCACCAUCACCAUUGCCGACAUCGCCGUCAGCACGAUCGUCGCCGUCGCCGUCGCCGUCGCCGCCCCUGGAUGUGCAUGAUCUGGUACAGGCCAUGUACGGACAGAUGCCGGCACUGAAACGGCAUUCGAGUUCGGUUGCACAGGUUGCCGGCCUGGUGCCUGUUACCUCAAUCGAUGCCACGUCGUCGACCACGGAUGCCACCGGUCACCGUGGACAGCGACGGGCGCCGGACCGCGGGCAAGGCUAG